CCCCACCCAUCCUCAACUGCGUCUUUGCCAACAUACAUUAGGGACUUGUUGUUGCUUAGCUGCUACUGUGUCGUGGCAUAUAUUCAUUCGCUACAUGCCAACGGCAUUCGAGCAACAACAUCUUGUCUUAAACCCAUUGCUUCAGCCUGUUCAAUCAACGAUACAACUUCUGCACAGCAUACAUAGCAUCAGUCAGCCUAUACUGUGAGGGCCCAGCUCCAGACCCCGUAUCAUGAGAGCGAAAGAUAUGGAGGCCUCAGCUUUAACUCCAUCAUCAUCUAGUCAGCAUUUGCAUGAGGCGUAUUUCGAAUACUCGGAUAGUCUAAAGGAUCGACAUAUACGUUUACUCGAUCUUAAAUUCGGCCACAACGACGAAAUUAUCUCGCUUGGAAUCGAAAAGUACAGGAUUGACAACCAUCCGCCAUACAUCGCACUCUCUUACACAUGGGGAGAUGCAAACGACACAGUAAAUCUUUUAUGUAACGGAAAAACCAUCGCGGUGACCCAAAAUCUCCACGAGGCACUAUGGCAAUUUCGAGAAAAUCGUAAAAGAUUAGCUAGGCUUAAGCCCUAUACAAGGUCCCAUAAUCAGCCCUUUCACUUCUGGAUCGAUGCUAUCUGUAUCAACCAGGGAAACAAUACAGAAAAGAGCUUUCAAGUAGGUUUGAUGAGAGAGAUUUAUGAAUGGGCUGAUCAUGUCUUUGUGUGGUUAGGACCAGCAGACAAAAGCAGUGACGUAGCCAUCCACUGUAUCAACACCAUUGGGUCAAAGGCAGAAGCUUGUGGUUUCGAGGAUGUACCUGAACUAGGCCUAAGAAUAUCGCAUGAAAUCGAAUUUGUCUCUGGGGGAUAUCAGCGAGUGGUAUCGGCCAACCCAUGGUACGGUAAAGCCAUGAAAAGCCUGUUCGAUUCCAUCAGCGGCAGGAGCAGUCUGAGUAACCUGCUACCAAUUACCGACUUGAACAAUUUCUUUACUAGACCGUGGUGGACAAGAGUAUGGGUUUUGCAAGAAGCUGCUCUUUCCAGGGAUACACAUUUCGUUUGUGGAGCCCAAAGACUGUCAAGGACCUGUUGCAACGCUUUCAUACACAUGUAUGCAACACUAUGGAAAGCCAACGCUACUGCCUUCCAGAGAGAACAAGCACACUUCACACAAUAUCGCUUCGAUAUUAUGAGGCUUUUAUUUCACCACCGUCCUACCCUCAUGCUAACCAUGCCAAAGAUACACCGGCAUAACGCAUUCCAAUUGGUAGCCCUUCUUCGCGCAACGUGUGUCGGCAGCAUAAAUCUUAAACAACACGGACCUCAUAAUCUCGAAGCGACAAGACCAGAGGACAAGAUCUUCGCCUUGCUAGGCCUGGCUGCAGAUCGAGAAGAGUUGAAGGGUUUUGGCGUCGUCCCAAACUAUGAUAUUCCAUACGAACAAACCUACACUACUACGAUGGUAGCGUUACUACGGCAGGGCCAUAUAUCCAUUCUCUCUAUGUGUCAACCCUCAAGGUCGCCAAACCUUCCAUCGUGGGUCCCGGAUUGGUCGCGAUCGGUAACUGAUAUGUUGCAAGAUGUGCGCAACGACCAUAUGACUCUAUACCCAGAGUUUUGUUCCUCAGGCUGUCAUCGCACAUACAACAGAACUUCAAUCAAGAUACUAGAGGAAGACUCCGGGAUCGUGAAGCAAAUAUCAAUCAGGUCUAUUCUUUUCGAUGAGAUUUUUCAAGUCGGUCGUUUCCCCAACCGGAUUGACAGCAAAGAUGUACCACUUCCGGAGACGUACACAUGGCCUUCAGAGUGGCUUGUCGAGAUUCUGCGCCUCAGCUAUUGUUGCACAAGGAAACAUUACAAGCGAUUUUGCGACCGAUUAUCCGCAAGUGCACGAACUUCAACCGGAGACACCGUAAGGAAUAGUGAAGGGGAAUUCACCCGCGCUGGAAAUGCCCAUUUCGAUGAUGCUGUCGUCCUUUUGCGAGAUGGGCUCCGGCUUAUUGGAAAUGGGCGCUUCAGAGUUGAGGCAGAGCGCUUCUUAGCUACUCAGACAAUAACCACGAAGUUUAAAGAUAGGAUAAGGAAUGAGCUUCCGUUGGCAUUUCAAAUUAUGGGAAGGAGCUUAGGACGGCUUCCUUUUGUGACGAAAAAGGGCCAUCUUGGGUUGGGCUCAGAUGGUGUAAGACAGGGUGAUGCAGUUGCGAUUAUUGAAGGAAGCCAGGUUCCGUUUGUGCUUCGGCCGCUGGGUAAGGGGCGGUUUAACUUGGUUGGCGAAGCUUAUGUGGAUGGUAUUAUGGAUGGUGAGGCUGCGGAAACUUCGAAAUUCAGUCAUAUCACUUUGGUAUAAAUCUUUCCAUCGAUAUACAGGUGGAAAAAAAAUACUAUAU